AUGUAUGCAGAGUCUGAUGGGAUUCGGGGCCUGGGAUACCCCUGCUUGGCUGCGGAAGGGGUGACCCUGGUGUUCAACGUGACAGCUAAGAAGCUGGUGAAUCUAUCCGUGUUUACUGUGUACAUGAACAGGGAAGGUGGUGCAGCGAGUGAGCUGAUUUUCAGAGGCUGUGACCACUCCAGUCUCUCUGGGAACCUUAACUGGGUUCUAGUCACCAAGCAAGGGCUUCCCAGAAUUAGAACGGAGAUGCGUCUGAACGGGCCCUUGGUGGUGUGUUGUCUUACACUGAAGAAGUAUGUCAACAUCCGUGCCUUACCAGAAGUCACCUUUACCAUCCACGGAGUCCCCUACAGCCUCCAACCAACUGUCUGUACCCUGCUGAAAUUCAUGGGUGGAAUGAAGUUUUGAGUCAGUGUCUUUCAAGAUUCUGACGUCCAACCUCCAGCUGGGUCCUUCUGGACACUAGGCAACGUAUCUAUUAGAUGCUUUCGCUCUGUCUUUGACCGAGGGAAUACCCUUGUGGAGCUGGCCCCAGCAGUCGCCUAA